CUUGUAUGUGUAGGUGAUGCAAACGUUAGUGUUAGUAGACAGCUGAUUACGGCUACGGCUGUGCUAUGUUUUAUUUGAACUACUAGUAUAUAGUAGUAGUAGUAUGUCACAGAUGAAGAAGUGUACAUGCGAAUGAUUUUUUAGUAUCAUUCAUUAGUGUAAUAUACAAGACAGUCUAUAUUGGAAUGAAUAUAUAUUGAUUUUCAUCUCGCAAUACUGACCUUGAGUAAUUGGCCUUGAGUACUAGAGUUUGAAUUUAUUCUACAGAGGUGAAUAGACUUAUAGGUUAUAAAAACAUACCGCAAAGCGAUUUAUCGGUUUAUCAUGGCUAGUACAAUGGAAAUGGUAUGCAACACUCUUGGAAUUGAUAGGGUAAACAUGGAUAAUAAAAUAAUCUUAAUUGAAGAGCAACACGGUACCAAUGCAAAUUUUUUGGUAAAUGCCAUCCUGUCGCACACAUUAAAGCAGAUGAAUGCCGUUUGUCUCGUUCUAUGUCAUAAUACCUUUAGUCACUAUCACAACAUUGGCAUGAGACUUGGUUAUAAUCUUCUGGCUCUGAAGGAAAAAGGUCAGGUAACUGUUGUUGAGCCAAUGAAAAUUGUAGCCACCAAUAUCGCUGAUAUGCGUAAGGAUUCUGUGGAUAAGGAGAAAAUGAUAAUCCCAGAUGUUGUUUCCACUGAGAAUAUAGAUAUUGCAUAUAGACUUUUUACAUGUGUUAGAGAGAAGUAUGAUGAAGCAGCAAAAUUUGACAAGUCUGUUGUUCUUAUUUUCGAUGAUAUAAAUUAUCUACUUGACUUUGGCCUCAGUGUACAUGACGUUAUGUACUUUGUAAGAUACUUAAGAUCGUUUAUAGCAUUAAAUCCCUCGUCGCAGCUUUGUAUUCUUACGCACACAUAUCAAGAUGACUCACAGACUUCAAAUGCAGAUGUAGUCGCUAAUGCUUUGAAACAUAUGGCACAUCUAUGUGUUACAACUCAACCAUUUAGGACAGGGCACUCCAGCGAUGCAUCCGGUAAACUUACUAUUCACUGGAGAAUAGAUUCCAUUAGAUCAAAAUAUCACUGGGCUGAGAAAACAACACAUCUAUUUAAAUUGUUGGACUGGCAAGUGAAGAUUGGUGCGCCUGGUGCAGCAUCUAUUCUAUCAUAAGUAAUCUCACUUCAUUAUAUAAUUCAAUUCUUGAAUAUAUAAUGAUUUAUAUAUUCAAUUACUUUUUCAGCAAUAUUUUAUAUUGAAUUUGUACAUAUUUUUACAUAAUACAAAUAAAUUAAAAAAAUUUAUCCAUUUUUUAAUAAGAAUGAAGAAAAUCUAUUUAUUUAUAAUAUAUGUAUUUUUUCUAUUCUUCAUGCGAGAAGAAAUUUAAUUUAACAUGAAAUCUCAAGAAGC